UGACUAGUAACUGGGUGACUGAUAUCAGUGGUGGUGUGUUGGUGACCAUAGAUAGGUGUGCCAGUGAGGUGUACCUGUUUAACUCACCAAUGUCAGGUUUGGUUAGUAGCACAAACCAAUGUUUCAAAAUUCAGUGGUGGUGUUCCAUCCAAAAUGUUCAAACAAACUUAGAUGAAAUUCUCAGAAAUCAAGUUUAUAGGAAUCUGUACUAGACACGAGUUUACAUCGAUGUUGAAAAUGAAGGUUCUUUAUUUCUGAAGAUGGUUGAUUGUGAUAGCUCGAGACAAGACGAAGAAAUACAGGCGUUGUCUGCCAUUUAUGAAGGAGAUUUUCUAAUGAUUAACCCAAAUGAGAAAAUUUUCGAAAUUUGUAUUAAUCACGAGAAAGGGUGUUCGCUUAAUUUAAAAGUCUUAAUGCCAAUGAAUUACCCUAGUUCUUGUCCACCGAUGUUUGAGCUCCAUGGUCAGUGGUUACAGGACUGCGACGAUGACGAGUUACGAAAUAAACUUCAUGAGAUUUAUUGUGAAAAUGCGGGAGAAUGUGUUGUGUUCCAGUGGGUGCAAGCUUUACGUAGUUUUCUUGACGAAAAACCAUCUUUGCAAAUUGAAAGUGAAGUUAUCAACAGUGAUGAAAAAAUAAAUGACUCAGAAACAGUUGAAGAAAGUAUAACCUGCAUAAACAAUCAUGAAAUCAAUCCAUUCGACAUCAUUCAUGGUGAGCCAAUCACUGACCGCAGAAGUACAUUCCAGGCACAUCUUGUUAAAGUAGAGUCAGAAGAGGAUGUGAAGAAUGCUUUGAUAGAAUUGAAAAAGAUUCGUAAAAUCUCCAAUGCAACUCAUAAUAUGUAUGCAUAUUGUAUAUUAAAAGGAAAAUCUCAGAUUAACAUUCAUGACUGUGAUGAUGAUGGUGAAACUCAUGCUGGCUCUCGUCUCUUACAUUUGCUGAGAAUUUUAAAUGUACAGAAUUAUUUAAUUGUUGUGUCUAGGUGGUAUGGUGGAAUACAGUUAGGACCAGACCGAUUCAAGCAUAUUAAUAAUUGUGCCAGAAAGUUGCUCAAAAGCACUGGUGUCAUUGUAGAUAAAAGUCAUAAGGAAUUGUCUUCCCCAAAGAAUAAUAAGGAAAAGACUAAAAAGGGCAGAAAACAUUAAGACAAUAUGGUAGUUUUUGUUGAUUACUGCAUUAACUGUCAAACUAAAGCAAACAGACAAUAAAUACUUAUCUUUAAUGGCUCAAAAAA